AUGUCUCACUCCGCUAAUCAAUUACAAGCAGUCUCACAUUCCAAUCACACACUCACUCGCACCCAGCCCCUUCCCAUCCCACACGUCACCUGCUUGUGUGUCUCGCUCGCUGCAGACAAGGGCAAGCUUCCCCGGGCGCUGGUGGAUGGGCUGGCAGCAUUCGGGGCUGGAGCGAUGUUGGGAGAUGCUUUCCUGCACCAGUUGCCGCACGCAUUCGGAAGUGGAGCGCACCCCCACAACCAUGACAGCCACGCGCAUGACCAUGCACAUGGGCAUGCAUCCCAUUCACAUGACCAUGGGCAUGGGCAUGGUCAUGGCCAUGAACAUGCAGUGGAGGGUGGAGGGCACGCGCAUUCUCUCGAGGACCUGUCUGUUGGCAUUGCCGUGCUGGUUGGCAUCGUGCUAUUCUUUCUGGUGGAGAAGAUUGUGAGGCGUGUGGAGGAACUCACCUCUAGAGGCGCUGCUGUGCCGUUUGCUGGGCACGGUCAUAGCCACAGCCACCACCACCAUGGCAAGCAUGAGGGCGAGAAAGAGGAGAAUUCAGGCGAGGAUGAGGGCGAGAAUGUGAGUGAGGAGGAGAAGGGUGGAGGAGGGAGGACGGACAGGAAAGAGGAGGGCGGAGGAGAAAGUGGUUCGGAUGAUGGGAGCGGUGGUGAGAAUGGGAAGAGUGGGGAUGAAGGGGAAGUGAGUUCUAAGGACGGUUGGGAGAAUGUGGAUGAGGGAGAGGAGGAGAGUGAGGGAGGGGAGGAGGGUGAAGAGGAGGAGGAGAAGGAGGUAGAGAAGGAGGAGAAGGAGGGAAACACGGAAGAGGGAGAAUCCAAGGAGGAGGAAGGGGAGGGAGAAGGGGAGAAGAGGAAAGGAAGCACAGGUGGUGGAAGUGAGGGGUUGAGGAGGCGGAGGGCCACUGCUGAUUCACAGACAGUAACAGCAGACAGGAGCGGAGAGGAGGAGAAGGAAGGGAAGGAGGGGAAGGAGGGGAAGGAGAAGGAGGGUGAUGAGGCAACGACUCUCGACAAUGACGAUAAGAAGGCCCGGGCAGUGGCUAAAGCUGUGCCAGUGGCGGCACCACCAGCAGCGGUGGCCCCGCCGGCAGCGAACAAGCACCUGGUGUUGGGAUAUCUCAACCUUUUCUCUGAUGGCGUGCACAACUUCACGGACGGCAUGUCGCUUGGAUCGGCGUUCCUCCAUCGGGGAGCAUUGGGGGGCUACUCGCGCAUGCUCUUCAUGCUCGCGCACGAGAUCCCCCAGGAGAUUGGUGAUUUUGGCAUUUUGGUGCGGUCGGGCAUGGGGGUGACACAGGCCUUGGCCCUCAAUUUCCUCUCCGCAGCUUACAGCUUUGCUCGGCACUGCUGCUGUGAGCUCCCAUGUGCCUAUGAAUGCCACUGUCCGCCUCUCCCUCACCCCGCCUCUUUCUGGUUUCCUGUCCCUCUCAACUUCCUCUCCGCCCUCUCGCCCGCAUCCUGCCUCUUCUUCACCCCACCUCUCCCUGGUCUGGUUACCCCUUCCCAACUUCCUCUUUUGAGUCGACUCAAAAGUCUUCUCUCUGGUCUGGUUACCCCGUCCCAACUUCCUCUUUUGAGUCGACUCAAAAGUCUUCUCUCUGGUCUGGCGCUCAUAUUCGGAGGGGAAGAAGCCCACUCAGGUCUCAUAGAGGGAUUCACAGCAGGGGGGUUUAUCUACAUUGCAGUGGCGGGAGUUAUGCCUGACAUGCACUCACAGGGGGUUGACAUCCUCUCUACAGUCAUUCAGCUCGCCUCUCUUACAGCAGGAAUUGCUGUAGCUGUUGUGAUAUCUCUUCUUGACUGUGGAGUGGGGACGGGGGAACCCUUGGGGGAGAGGCCGGGGGAGGGAGGUCCGGUGGUGGAGGAAGCAGCAGCAGCGCCGGCGCCUGUGGCUUCGGCAGCAGCUUCGGCGGUACUGGAAGCAGGUUCGGACAGAGGCUCGGAAGGGAUGGCUGUGGCAGGUGGGUUGGAGGUUGUGUGGAUUGAGAGUGGUGAGCUGGAAGGGGAUGAUGACGUGGCAUACACAGGCGACAUGCUGUCGAGUGAGGGCAUUCUUUUCGGCCCGCCACGUCGAAGGAUGCUGCCUGCUGUCGCGUUCCGAGUGGGUGACGGCAUUGCUGCAGAGGCAGAAACACCAGCGCGUGGUGAGUCAGUCGCGCUUGUUGCUGAGUCAACCGCGCCUGUUGCUGAGUCAGCCGCGACACACGCCAUUGCUGCUUUCAGGUUCAGAUUUGUUGACAGCAUCCGGUUCGGGCUGCUCACCGAAAGAUUUCGCCCUGCCCGCAGGCUGCGCGACGAGACGUCCCAUUGGCUGCUCAUGCUGCGCGGAAGAUUUUCGCGCUGCCCGGAUCCACUCCCGCCGUCACCCCCGCGAGAUGCGCUGCUACUCACCGCCGCCGCAGCUCGAUUUUCGCGAGAAUUCGCACGAGGGACGGCGAAAGAGAACGAGGAGGGGGACAGGCAGGGGGAGGAAAGGGGAGAGGCGGAAGGGGAAGGAGGCGGAAGCGGGCAGGCGGGCGCGUGA